CUCCAGUUUCUGAAUUCAGUCAUGGCGAUCCUUAAAGAUUACGAUGAAGUUCAAGAAAACCGGAAAUCUUGUUCUUCUUCUUCUUCUCCUCCUUCUUCCUCGACAUUGUCCUUCAAUGCCGUUCUUGAUCCUUCAAAUCCUACAGGGUUUCUGAAAUCCGCCUUCGACUUUGUUAAUCAAAACUCUGAUAUGUUCAAGACCCCUUCUUCCGAGAAGAAAAUCUCGUCCCUGGUUAAGAAUAUCAGGGACAAAAUCGUGGCGGAGGAGGAGGCGGCCAAGAAAGUUGCUCAGGAGGAGGAGGAGGAGAAGAAGAAGCUGACUCCAAACCAAGCAAACGGUCUCGACAUGGACAACCAUUCAUGGGGGCAGAACCUGCAGGAGGUGACUCUGACGGUUCCGGUACCUCCUGGAACAAAGGCGAGGGACGUUUCGUGCGUGAUCAAGAGCAACUCCUUGAGGAUUGGUCUCAAGGGUGGGGCUCCAAUUGUGGAGGGGGAGCUGUUUCAGGCGGUGAUGACGGAUGAUUGUUAUUGGAGCUUGGAGGACCAGAAGACGAUCUCGGUGUUAAUGACCAAGUGCGACAAAAGCAACUGGUGGAAGUCUUUGUUCAAAGGAGGUCCUGAGAUUGAUGUGCAGAAGGCAGAACCGGAACCGAGCAAGUUGUCGGAUUUGGACACGGAGACGAGGUCGGCUGUGGAGAAGAUGAUGUUUGAUCAGAGGCAGAAGCAGAUGGGCCUUCCCACCAGUCAAGAGAUAGAGAACCAAGAGAUGCUCAAGAAAUUCAUGACUCAGAAUCCCAAUUUCGACUUUUCCAACCCAAAGAUGAACUAAGAUGAUAUAAAUAUAUUUGAUUAAUGUUCAUAGUACUAAAUAACUAGAUAGUUUUUGUUUAGCCAAGGAUUAUGAGAUAAUAAGUAUAAUUUGCCUUU